UGAACAAUGAACUGGUUGGUCAUUGUGUGUGUCAAUAGUCAUUUUAUUUGUAUUUCUUUCCUUUUCUGUCAUUGAUGACAAGUCUUUUUUAUUUUGUUCCCCGUUUGACUGACUGCUCAAGUGAUGGGAACUUUCCCUUUGAAUUAGGUCACAGUCUGUCACAGGUCACUGGCCGGGCCUACUGUCACCCCAAAACAAAAAAGGUGGGGUGUGGGGGGUGCUUGCUUAUCUUUGCCUAAAUCAUGCAGGAAAAUCUGGAAUCAACCAACCUGCAUUGCUUUUGUCUUUGCAUCAGAAUAUUAUUGUGAUCUGAUUCCAAGGAAUGUUAGGCUCACCCAGUCCGGUUAGCCAAUUCUUCAAGAACAUGUUCUCCUACGAUGGCAACAUGAUGCUAGCAAUGGCGGUAACUUCGUUGAUCCUUGUUGUUGCUUUUGUCUUCCUCCUACAUGUUUAUGCCAAGUGGUUAUUAGUUCAGGCCCGCCAUAGGAGUAGUGCAGGGUCUCCUAUUAAUAAUUAUCUUGGUCCUCGUCCUCCUUAUCCUCCUCCCAGUAUAUCUCACCAUAGGUACAACAGUACUAGUUACGAGAGUAGUCGGGGUAGUGAUAUGAUGAUGACUAAAUUAGGGCUGGACCCGUCAGUUAUUGCUUUGAUACCCUUAUUUGUUUACGAGUCAUCAUCGAGGAAUGUCGGGCUUGAAUGUGUGAUCUGUAUGGGGCAGUUUGAAGAGAAGGAAGUUGGCAGGGAAUUACCCAAGUGCGGCCACUCUUUCCAUGUUGAGUGUAUCGACAUGUGGUUGAUGUCUCACACCAACUGUCCUUUGUGUCGAUCAGCUGUACUUGGGUUUAUUCAAUCUGAAGAAGAAGAAGAAUGUAAGGAUACUGUAAUGUGUGUUAUUAAUAACCCUUUUGUGUAUGAAGAAUUCUCUCAUGGAGAUUGCCCGGAAUUGAAUAAUUCUAGUUCGAGCAACAACCAUAAUGAGAAGGACGAUGGUGGGUCGGUUUUGGAAAUUGUAAUCAAGGUUCCUCCUUGUUUUGUAGUUGAGAACAACGAUAAUGACGAUUAAUUUAUUCGAAGCCAUCAGCAAAA